UUUCCAUGCACCCUGGGUGCAGUCACUGUUUAAGAUCCGCUCUAGCAUUGCCAUUGCUGUAACUAUGAAGAUCCAGAUUUUGUGUCUGUUUCUGUUGCUGGGUUUUAUGUCCACGUCUUCAGAAAAAACGGUGUACAGAGUCACCACGAGAUUGGAUAAACCUUUUAUAACACUAAAGGAUGGAAAUCCCUCAGAAUUUCAAGGACUCAUCCCCGAUUUGUUGAAGAGGAUAGAACCAAUUCUUGGUGUUACCUUUGACAUAAAACAUGUACGAGAUAACAAGUAUGGUCAUCAGGAUAAGGAUGGAAACUGGACUGGUAUGAUAGGAGAGCUAAAGAAUGGGCAAGCAGAUAUUGCUGCAGCGCGCCUUACCGUGACGGCAGAGCGAGCAACCGUCGUCGACUUUUCGCAUCCCUUCAUGGAAUCAGGAAUGUCCAUUGUCCUUAAGCGACCCAGUGCGAGGGGAUGGCAGGCCAUAACGGGAUUUGUUUCCUUUCUGCAGCCCUUCACAACCGGAGUCUGGAUCUCCCUGCUCGUCUCCUGUGUAAUCAUGCCAAUUUUAUACGGCCUUAUUAUGCAUUUUGACCCCAUGGAAGAUGAAGCCGAUACGACAUUGCUGAAGAACAUCGCCAAAGCGGUUCCUGUUGUCUUCUACAGAUUCUGUUUACAAGGAAGUCUUGCGCCAUCCAAAUCUACCUCCAGGGCCUCGAGAGUGAUACUUGGCUUUUGGUCUUUGUUUCUUAUCAUUUUGUACGCCACCUGGGCAUCAGCCUUUGCUGUAUUCAUUAUGGAAGGGAAGCGACAACUUCCAGAGUCUCCGUUCCAUUCAUUUUCUGAGCUGUCGAAACAAUCAUCUGUGAAAUUUGGAACAAUUAAAGGAGGGUCCACUUAUAGAUACUUCACAAGCGCUGUGGAUAAGGUGGAUACCAGAAUUGGAGAACAUUUGAAAAACAAUCCAGAUCAAAUGGUCGGUAGUACAGCAGAGGGAAUAAGCAAAGUUCGAAACAGCAAUGGCUAUUAUGCGUUUAUCAUGGAAGAGCUAGAAGCUAGGCUACAUGCAGGAAAGUUGCCGUGUGAUCUAAUGCUUGUUCACCAUUCUUUUAUUCGUAGAUCAUUUUCUUUUGCAUGUUCCAAAAGCAACAGCAAAUGCAGAGAUCUAGAUGUCGCCAUCAUUCAACUGAAAACUGAUGGUGUGCUACAAGAAUUAACAGAUGAAUGGCUAAAUAAGGACAAGGUCUGUGAUACGGAUUUCGAUGACGAUUAUUUGCAGUACAUAAGGUCUUUUGACAGCACGAAAGAUGAGUCGGGGUAUCUUUUUAAGGGCAGUGCUCUGGGUAUGGAUAAAGUUGGAAGUGCAUAUAUUCUACUAGCCAUAGGAAUCGUUCUUUCUGUUUGUUUGUUGGUCUUCGACAUUUGUACGGAGAGAAGAGUUCAGAAGGCAGUGUCUAGAAGAGGAGGGACAGACAAACAGCCAUUUGAAGCCAUUGCAGAGGACUUGCAAUAAUUCUUACCAACCAUAAUAACCCGCGCUACACAGUAACCGCUGAUCAGAAAUUACUAAACUAUAACAUGAUGAACCGAUGGAGCAAUUACAUGUAGUAGUAUUAUCAAAAUAAAACCUCCCAUGCAUGUAGAUGUAGAAUGCAACCAGCAAUUCAUUUUUUUUUUUACAAAAGACUGCAUAAUUAUAAGAGUUUAUGAAUGAGAUUGAAAAGCAUAAUAAUUAUAUGUUACUAGCAUAAGAUACAUUGUAGGUCGACUUUUUUUCCCACUUCUUCAUACUGAAUGAAAAUGUCACAAAGUCAUUCUACGCACGCACUUAAUUAAAGCUUCAAUUGUGUCUCCCUUUAGUUUAAAUGAAAUAUUUGUGCUUGUACUGUAAUUUACCAAAGCUAUUUUUAGUUGUUGCAUAAUACUUUUUAUCAUAUUCCUGUGAGGAUUAGUUUAGUCCCUCUUAAAGAAACUUUUAAGGAAGGACACUUGAAAACAUUUGUGUAUAUAGAUGAUAUGAUAAUGAUGUUGCAUGUGCUAGUAUAACCCUGUAUGCUAUAGUUAACGGUAGGUUACCAUUGUAUGUACACGACAAGUCUUUGAAAGGUAUAAUGAAUAUUUAAAUGUACAUUUCUAACACUCAGCCUGAAUUAAAAUUCGCCUCGCCACCCUUCCUCCACUCUUGUUUACUAAACAAUAAUUGCAAAAUAAAGCAGAUCAAGAUGACAUUUUAA